UUUUCAUUUUUGGGUACACUAUCCCUUUAGAAGCGCUAAAACACAGAAAUUACUAUGAGAGCAAUGUCACUUACCUCUCCGAUGCAGCACAACAGCAAAAGGGGAGAGGUAAGGUGGGGUACCCCCAAAGGUAAACGUAGAGGUACAGAAACUGAAUAUCAAAUAUUCCACAUGUGUAAUUAUAAAACUUGAUAUUACAAAUGCACAUUUGACUUUGUCACUCACAUUACUGCUGUAUAACUGACCCUGUUACAUCAAGAAUGAACUGAUUAUACUAUGGUGGUCAAAGUUUAAAGAUCAAGGUCACUGUGACCUCACAUUUGGCAAUGUGACAAGUUCACAGAGGAAUACACUCACGAAGCGGUAAUUCUAGUUUUGACAAAAUGAAAGACAUUUACACCACAAACUGAUGCAGAAAAGGAAAACAGUGGUGCAUAAAACAAAUCACUAGAGUGCAGGAAAUGAAGGGUUUAAUGCUUUUUGCAGAGGAAAUAAUGGGCAAGAUAUUACUUUGCUAUCAAGGCCACGACUCUAGGUGGCCCUGUUUCCUGCCUUACAUCAUUAAAGCCUCUGAGCAUGACAGUCAGGGUAAAAGGAUUUAUCAAUGCUAAAUCAAGUGCUUAUCAAUGAUAAAUCAAGUUAAUUAAGUAUCUUCAGGGCAUCUUGGAGAAGCGUUCUCUUAAUAUUCUGUCACUUUUCCAGUGUUCAUGCAGUGCACGCUCAAGAUCUUGUCAGAAUCAGAGUGUAACUGAAACACAGCUGCAGGCAGAGGGAGAGGUAGAGAGGCAAGAUACUGAGAGACAGGAUGAGUCUGAUAGAGGCUGCAUUAUUUUCUGUAGUUGUUAUCACUACUUGUGUUUGAUGCAGACACGGGGGUAUUUGCUCAUGUGAGAGACAGGGGGAGACAGAGAAAGGAGAAUAAGAACCAAAACAAAAACCCCACCCUCCAGUUGAUGGGUGGAGUUUGGAGGAGGAGCGUUCAUAUCAGUCCCAGCACAGACAGUACCUACUCUAGUGUCAGAGACGGAGGGAGAGAGGAAGGAAAUCUUCUCAGUGUAGACAAAAGCGCAGUUCUGGCUGGAGUUUGUUUACCACCUCUGCUGCAGUUUCCUCUCGGACGAGGCGGAUUAUUCACACGUUCCUCGCGCGGGGAGUUCAGCAAAAACUUUGGGAUUUAUUUCACUUUUGGCUUUUGCUUUCACACGUUAAUGAGUUGCCCACUUUGGACCUGUGGACCCUAUUUGGACUAGCACUGAUAUUAUUUAGACAUAUUUAUAUUAACAGCCAACUUGUCAUCGUGUUAUUUUCGGAGCCAGCGGUGAUGUCCCGCCACUGACAUGCACCAUCCGUCCAGACCACCAAACCAGUCCGAUGGCACGACCACAGUAACACCAACACAGGGGAGCGGAGGAGAUCCACAACCCGUCGGUGCCGCUGGAGCCUGUGCGCAAACCUCCCGUUCAAACGACGGCGGCGAGCGCAGCUUUGGCCAACCUGAUUCCACCGCCGGAGGAGGGGAGCCGGACUCGCCGUCCUGGUGCAGACCCAAAGCCAUCGACAGCCUAUCCGUGUUUCAGGCGAGGUCUAUAUUCUUCCACUCUCGCCGCGCCUCCAGUGGAUAUUUCUCGUUCGACGGAGACUCGCUGCCGAGCUCCCCACUCUCUCCGAGGCCGGGGACUGCUGACAAAGCUACGCAGACUCCGAGUCCCGCCGGCCAGGUGAUGAAACACGCCCUACAGCGCAUGGAGGCGCACGGCGGAGGACCGGGGACGCACCAGCAACACGGACAACCUGUCGGCCCCUCUAGCACGCGGCAACGGAACGGGGACAUGCAGGCGGAGGAAAUCGGACGAGAGCUCCGACACAUUGGGGAUGACUUCAAUAGACUGCUUCUCAGGGGGGUGGCAGACAGACAUAGACGGGUUGUGAUCAAUCCAAACCCGCUGCCGCACAUCCACCAGGAGCCCACCGUGCUGCUGUGCGUGGGCCUCCUGCUUCUAAUGAUCGGACGGAUGAUCUACUUGCAAGGCAGUACGAACAGCCAGGACAACUCUCAGGUUUAGCCUUUGGAAAACCCAGCAGACGUAGCAUCGUUAUUAUUUUUUUCCUGAAAUAAUGUAUCUAUGUUGGAUCCUUUUUGUUUUUUGGGACCUAAUUUUUGUCCUCCUUUCUCUCCUUUCCAAGUUGAGAAAGGACACUUUGGACUCUGUUCAUGUUCAUUUUGAUGGAUUGGUAACCCCUUUAAGGAACUCUAAAUUGCCUGGAUGUUUGUUUUUUCACCUCUGUUUGUCCUUCACAGUCUCUGAGCCUUUGCGUUGCUACCAAAGAGCCAGGAUUUUGCACUCCUUUCCAGCGCAGUGGCCAUCGUUUCACCUAAAUUUGCCUCUGUGCAAAAUUACGCCUGUGGAACUUCAAAUGUGCCUUGUACAGUUUCCUGUUUACUUUUUUAGUUUUUUAGCUUUUAGCUUGUAAUUGUGUAGAGAUUAUGAAUUCCUCGGGUGAUCAACUCCGCAGACCCAGAGUUGUAAAAGUACGUGGGUCCAAUCUGCAAAACUUUCCCCCAUCUUUCCCCUCUGAUGGUUUCAGGCAAGGAAAAAUGAUCUUGCACUCCUGUAACAUCAGGAUCCAGCAUGCAACAGACUCUGGGCCAAAGUAACCACUUUUAUCCAGCUUUUUUAUCAAAACUACUUUGCCAUGUAACACUUUGUUACCAUGAAUUACAUGUCUGCUUAUGUCUACAUUGUCAGUUAAUAAGAGCUGACUGCAUGGCAGGAUUUACAGGCACAGAAAUGACUUUGUGUCCAGAUAUUUUGAGUACUAAAUGACACAGGUAUUGACUGAUUCAUCAUCAGAUUUCAUGACAAUUCUGUAUUUUGCAGACCCCAUUUGGGCAGGAUUCAUUUUCCAGGGAGAGGUGAGGUGGUAAUAGAAUAUUUGCCAUGGUCCUCAGUAACAAAACUUCUUGUUCUGGGUGGCAAAUUACUGCAUUUGGACUUUAAAAGAUGGGAACAUUCAAGGGGAAAUUUAGAGAAAGCAGAUAUUUGCAAGCAAGUGUUUGGGACUGUAAAUAAUUUUCAAGGAGGGGAGAAAAAGUGCACUCUGAACUGAUCAGCACAAACACAAUUUGCCCAACUUUCCUGACAGAAAUGAAUCCUGUCCUGCAUUUGUCUGCAUCAGUGAUAAAGUGUCCAUUUCGUUUUAUGUGUCAUAAUUCAAAACCAUGGGUCAAGGUUAGCAGCCGUCCUGCUACCACUUGGCUUAUAUGUAAUCAGGUAAUCUGUAAUCAGGAUUAUUUUCCCUUCAAAGGUACUUUUAGUAAAUGCACCAAUCCUGCAGCUUUUUAAAAAAGUGAGAACACAUUUCUAUGAAUUUCAGGAAGUUAAGUUUCCACAAAUUAUUAGCAGCCUUUCCCUGUGUAAAAAAAAACAAAAACCUGUGUGUUUCUGUAACCACUAGAUCCAGGUGGAAUUGUGACUUCCUCCCUUCUCUCUAAGAUUUAACAAUAGAUUUCCAACAAUUUCAGAAUCAUUUUUAUCACAAAAUACAGUCUUUUAAAAAAGCAUUAAGGGGCACCAUUUCCCUCUUUGCUCUGGUUGUUUUCAGCAUUAACACAAACAAUUUGCACGUUAGUAAUCAAAUGCAGGAGCAGAAUGCUUCACUUGUUAUACAAUAAUAGGUUUUAAGUACUUGUUACUGAGCUGUCCAGUUGGUGGAGUGAAAUACAGAAGAGCAAGAUGAUGAACAAAUCAAUCAUGAGAUAAUGUCAAUCAUAUAAACCUUUAAACAGUGUAAUUUCCUGCUUUCUAGUUUACUCAUUUUCUACAUUUUACAUUUACAAACCUUUAUUUAACCUUGUUUUAAUAUCCAAAGCCUUUUCCUAAGUUUCCUAAGUGAUCAAACAGCACUGUCUUUCACCGUUCUUUGUUUCAGCCUCUGGAUUUAACAUUAGCAGCCGGACUGAAUGUAUCUGGCAAGUAUUGGUUUGUUGACAAGGUCACGUUAUCCGUUUAUUAGCCCAGUGAUUCAGACCUGGCCAAGUCUCCUCAUGCCUGCCAGGUCAUUAAACACUCUCAGAGAGAGAUUUCUGGACGACAACCAAGCAUUGAAUCACGCAGAGUCAAAGAGGGUUUUGUCACUGACUGUUAAGCCAACAGUACCAUAUCAAAUAGCCGCGAUACAGACUUCCGAUUAAGUACAUUUAUUCUUAUCUUUAGGCUUAUUAACAUACCAGUCUCAUUGUCAUGUGAUGAACCACCAAAAGUAGGCCAUUGUUUUUGUAUCUUUUAGGUUUUGGGUUAGUAAAAUGCAUGUAACCGCUCGGAGCUCAUUUAAACAGAACCAGAAUAAUAAUAAACAGCGGAUUAGCUUGUGAAAGUGUGAAAACCUUUUAUGCAAAAACUAUGAAAUGCCUGUUCCUUUGUAUGCAGAAAUAUCAAAGUUAGGUAUUUGAAUAUACAGUUGUGAAGAAGAAUUGUGCAAGAAAGUAUUGUGGCGAAGCACCUUAUCAGACCAUGAAACAUGUUUAGCAUGUCUCCUCUAUAAAAUGUCAGGGAGGCAGUGGAGGUUGGGAAGAUAAUCAGAUUUUCAUUUGCCAAACCAACGAGUUAAUUCUUAUCAUUGAAACCUUUUUUUCUUUCAAAACCAAAACAUCCUGUUUGAGAACACUUUCGACAAAGCAUACGCUUCACCUUUGUGAGGCUUUUCCAAGUUUGUUUUCUACUUUUUUUUUUUUUUAAUUUUAAAUGUGAUGUUUGUCACGUAUACAGCAUAUUCCACAGUCCAUUAGGAGUUUUCCAAAUUUAGCAUUAUUUAGCAAAUUUAGCAUGAAUUUAGCAUUUUCCAAUCAUGACAUGAAGGAUAUGUCGGUAUUAUUCGGGGUAUAAUAGCAAUAUUUUGGUAUAUAUAUUCAAGGCAUUCAGAAUAUGCGUCUCAACUGGAGUUUUUACCGUAAUUUGCAACACGUGGCCCCUUGUCUGUUUAUGCUCAGCUCUGUGUGUUGUCAUGGAUACAGGCUGUGUUCGCACGGUCCGACAUGCGGCUACAGUGGAAAACAUUGAUGCAAAGAAGCAAAAGACAAGCCGCUUCAGCCAAGCCACUUCUCUUUAUUUUGACAUGAUAUAUGUCAUGUUAGAGCACAUCAAUUGGAGCAUGCAGGGCUGCGUGUAAACAGAAGUAUUAGUGGAAUAUCCGUUUUCAUCAGACAUGUAAACAACUUAGUAGGAAUAUUGUCUUUUUGGGAAUAAGGGCAAAGAACAGAUUAUUUUGUGCAUGUAAACAUAGUCAUUGUUGCCCCUUGUGCCAGUUAUUACAACUGUGGUUUUCACUGACCGUCGUUACAGUGGUUACUUUCUGCUCUCCGGCCUCAGGGGGCAGUAAUGACCUUGUUACGCUUGGUGCACCAGAACGAGGCGAAGAAGACAUCGCCACACAAAAGUGAGAUUUAUAAUUAUUUGGACAUGUUUUCAAACUGCAUUUUUUUAGGUUUUACAAGAGAACAGAACUUGAGUCCAAACUGGUUGGUUUGUCGAUUGUACGUCUAGUUAACUUCCCACCUCUGUUAAAGAGCAGUGCACAGCCGCAUCCCUGAGCUUUUCUAUGGAGUCAUCGUGGACUGUUGCCCAAAUGGCAACCCCGACUUGGUCUGGGUUUGCCAUGUUGCAAGUGCAGUGUGAAUGUUGAGCAAACAAAUUUGUGCAAAACCAUUGUUUUCUGGUUUGUUUUAGAUGGUACAAAUGAAAUGUCACCAUACCGUAUGUUGUUUUGAUCGAUCAUCAGCUGCAGUGAGUGUUUUCUUCAGCUUGACUGGAAUAAAAAUGGAAAUGUAAUUUUUCUUUUUCAUGCUCCACCAAUAUCUUUCAGUGUCAGAAAAGCAGUUUGACUGAGAUUUAAGUAUAAUGUUAUUCACAUUUAAUGCAUUUAAAGCUUUACUCUUCAGUGGAAGUUUAUCUGUUUCCGAUGAGUGUCGGCAGCAUUACAGAUCCUGUGUUGUUAUGUGUGUUACACGUGUUUGAUUUAAUCUUCUACAACUAAUUAGUUCCAUCAUGGUUGCUCGCUCACGGUGAGGUUACCCACCAGCAAAUCAGAGCAGUUUGUUGUAACACAAUCGAUAACCAAAUUCAUCUGCGUGUGUUUGAGUCAUGCUCAGAUGUUUGCACAGUUGUGUCAACACCAAUGCAUCACAGACAAAGUGUGAUUUUGGCUUUCAUCAUCUUUAAACUCUCAUUUCAGAAACUCUCAUCUGUUCAUCUGUUUAGUCUCAUCUUUAAUCUUGUUAAAUUAGCUGUUCAGCCUCAAAGUGUCAUUUCCAAGCUCCUGUGAUGAGGUGAUGGAUUAGCAUCAGGCUGUCUAAGCUUGUUGACAUUUGUUAUUGCAAGCAUAAUAUGAAGUGUAAAGACAUGGGCGAUUAAUUUCAGUGAAUAACAUCAACAGAUGAAAAUUUUAUAGAAAUCUUUAAAAAUUGUCCUCUCAUGACAUCAACCUCACAGUAACUGUGUCCAGGACAGAAAUCACAAAGUUACCAGCUGUGAACAUGGAUUAGACAUCCAAGUGCACAAAUUGACAUCUGAAUCAGGCGAAUCAAAAGUGAUAUUGCCAUAAUGGAGGGAUUACUGAACAGACCUACUGGGCACAGGCAUUCUUGGACCAGAACUUCAAUAUGAUGUCGUUCAAACUACAAAAAGAUCGAAACAACCACAAAACGAUGCAAAAUGACCUCAAAAAGACCCAAAACAACCAUAAAGAGACAUAAAACUACAAAAUAGCCACAGAGACAAAAAAGACAAUAAAGAAACACAAAACAAUUUAAAAGAGACACCCCAAACACAUGCAGAACGACUACAAAGAGACUCAAAACGGCCACAAAACAACUACAGAGACUUUAACAUGUCACCAAGAGACACAAAAUGACUACAAAGGGACUCCAAAUGGCCACAAAGAGACAAAACAAUUUCAAAUAGCGUCAAAAUUACCCCAAACACAGACAAACAACUACAAAGACUCCAGACACAAAAAGACACAAAAUGACUACACAGGGACUCAAAGUGGCCACAAAGAAAGAUAAAAUGACAACAAAGAGACUCCAAAUGGCCACAAGGAGACACAAAACAAUUUCAGAUAGGCUCAGAAUUUCCCCAAACACAUGCAAAACAACUACGAAAAGACUCAAAAUGGCGACAAAGAGACACAAAACAGUUUCAAAUAGCGUCAAAAUUACCCCAAACACAAACGACUAAUAAGACUCCAGACAUAAAAAGACACAAAAUGACUACGGAGGGACUCAAAGUGGCCACAAAGAAAGAUAAAAUGACAAUGAAGAGACUCAAAAUGACCACAAAGAGACUCCAAAUGACUACAAAGGGACUCCAAAUGGCCACAAAGAGACAAAACAAUUUCAAAUAGCGUCAAAAUUACCCCAAACAAAAACGACUACAAAGACUCCAGACACAAAAAGACGCAAAAUGACUACAGAGGGACUCAAAAUGGCCACAAAGAAAGAUAAAAUGACAACAAAGAGACUCCAAAUGGCCACAAGGAGACACAAAACAAUUUCAAAUAGGCUCAGAAUUUCCCCAAACACAUGCAAAACGACUAUGAAGAGACUCAAAAUGACCACAAAGAGACUCCAAAUGGCCACAAAACAAUUUCAAAAUUAGUCCAAACACAGACAAAAUGACUAAAAAGGGACUCAAAAUGGCCACAAAACGACUACAAAGAACAGCCACAACAAGACAAAAUGACUCCGUAGAAAUUUGACAUGACCACAAAGAGAGAUAAAACAACAACAAAGAGACUGAAAAUGACUACUAAGAUGCUUCAAAUGGCUACAAAGGGACACAAAACAACUCCAAAGGGACUCCAAAUGGCCACAAAGAGACUGAAAAUGACUACAAAGACAUGCACAGCGGCCACAACGGACACCAAAUAACCAUUAGGUUUUGUCAGUGUUUUACAGUGAGGGAUCUUUGAUAUGUCUGUGUCCAGGGGCCCAUUGUCUCAUAAUCUGUCCAUGGCUCACUGCUAUUUAGGAUAAAUUAAAAAAGAGCAACUCAUACUGUAUGUUGUUAUUUUAUAUCAGAAUAUUUUAAGUCCUUAAAUUGAAAUUCAUUCGUUCAUUCGAAGCCACUUUGUCCAUUUUUCCUUCACUGGUAAUUGAGAAAAGUGUGAAACUGAAAGAAAGAAUACUCCUUGUGUCUGUCAUGACCUCAUUUAAUUUUCAUGACAUUGUAUCAAGACAUCUAGUUGUUUCUUCCUCACCGAAUCCUUUCUUCCUGGAAAUGCACGUCUCAGGCUCAUCCUGUGCUCCAAAUGUACCCGCUUUGCCUUUCCCCCCCGCUGUGACUGCAUGUUGAUUUCUGAUAAUGUGCCAUCUUAAACCUAAGACCUCAUUCUGAUGUACUGUAUAACAGCUGGAGUGUGAGAGGAGAGCAAGGCAGGGAGGAAACUGAAAGAUGAAUUGCCGUCUUCUGAAACUGAUAUGGAAACCUGGUGAUUCAUCGUCUGUCAUUUGUAGGUGUUGCAGUACAGAAACAGUCGCGUGACAUUCAGGGUUUUACUGACUGGCAUCAACGCUGCUGGAGCCGCUUCAGCAAAUCACUGCAGAUUUAUGUUUGAGCUGUUCGGAUUUAUACCACAGGAGAAUCACCCAACGUCUAAUAAACGUGUACUCACUGUUUUUUAAUUGGAACUGUUAAAACAAGACAAAACAUGAAAUGUAGGGAACCCAGAGACACUGUGGUGUGUUGUGCUUUGCUGCAAAUGCUGUACAGAAAUGCAUCUGUUGGAGCCUGUUUGUGAAAUGGAAACAAACUGAUCUGAACGACUCCAAAUGACCCAGUACAACUGUAGCAAUAUGGUGUCUUUUUUUGUUGUUUAUACUGUUAUUGUACACUGAAAAUAUUGUAAUUAUGCUGUUUUAAUUGCUUUCAAAUGCAUUCAACUGUUGUAAAUAAACUUUUCCAUCUUUUUAA